UAUAGUCUCUCAUCAAAAUCAAAAGUUUCAUAAUCAUAACCUAAAACAGCAUUCUAUUGUUUUUGUUUUACGCAUACUUUUAAAAACUAAAAUACAUCUCAGUUUAUUUUGUUGAUAUAUUUUUUCAUCAAAAAGUUGAGAUCAUGUCUUCAUCUACAAUUCACGAGGAUCUUGACGAAGAUGUCUAUCACUGUGAUUUUACUACAGCUUCUGAGUGGGAAAUAUUUAUUGCCAGAUUGGAAGAAAUAAUUCAUGAAUGGAAACUUAGCUCCAACAGUGCCAAUUUGUUGAAGCCUCUUAAAUCAGGCCAGUUAUCAAGUAAAAACUGGGCAUCAAAAUGUGAAAAUAUCCUGUUUGCAGAUUUCCAAUUCACAAUAACAAGAUACUCUGUGACUGAUGAGGAUGGUGGAGAAACGUUGGACAGCGAGAAUUUACGCGAUAAUGAUGAUGAAAACGUUAAACUACAAGCUCUGGAAGAUAUGAUGCACAAUGAUAAUGAUUUUAUUCCGGUUGUCUGCAACGACAAUAACUCACAUCCACAUGUACUUGCUAGACUAUACAGUCUGAGAGAAUUUAUCGUCAUCAAUCCUGCAUCUUCUGCAAUGGCCAAAUAUAUAACCGAAGAAAGCAAAAUAAAAAUACUUCUCAGCUCUAUUUGCAUUGCAAUAAAUAAUUGCUCUUGUGAAGUACCUGUAUUCAUUCAAGCUCUAGAGCCUUGGAGAAACUUCUACCUAGGCUUGUGUGAAGGAAGGGGUAUUAGAGCGGAGUUUGAAAUGGUGCACUUGAAGAAAAUACCACAGGAUUGUAAACAUUUGACAGGCUUGUUGAACGUAUUCAAAAGUCGCCUAGGUUUGAUUAGUGGCACUGAGGUGGAACCAGUGAGAGUCUCAGCGAAAUUCACAUACAGCCUGACAGAUUGGACAAGCUAUGCUUGGUCUCAGGAGCCUCCCAACUUUGAACUCCUGCAAGGAGAGAUCGGUGUCGAAGAACUUGGAACUCUACCUUUCGGUGCUAGUAUGGAACCUGUCAGUGAGCUUAUGCUGCAUGCUGUUUGGCCGGAUUUCUUGGAAACAGCGUUGGUCGACAGCCAGGCUUACUCGGACCUUGAGCCACUCCGAGCCACCAAUUGGUUCGUGUCGGCCAGAAUGGUCGACGAGCCUGCCUGUCUUCUCUCAGAGUACAUGUUCGAAAUUAUCGAGCUGUGUCGAAGUCAACACUCAAUGCACGAAUUUCUUGGAGAUUUCAUGCAACAUGACUCAGGUCCAACGCUCACAGCACCCUUAGACGUGCUCACUGAAUCGAAAGUGCCUAGCAUUGGAAAAGUGAUUGGCCAGAGCUUUGGACAAUCAAAAAGGGACAAAUCAUCGAGGGGCCCUAUCUCCAACGACAUGUUGAUGCCUAUACUAUACUUCUUAUUUCCUGAUGCUGACAACUCUCAAGACAGUGUGAGAAGUCCAUAUCCAGAAACGAUUGGUAAUGCAGUGAAUAGGGAACCCAACAUGGCUGAAAAUGUAAUUGGCAAUGGCUUCAAAAGUGCGCCAAUUGAUGGCCUUGUUUGGAGACUAGCCGUGGUUAUGGCUCACACUGUGCACACCUUGGGUGGAACGAAGGCUGCUGCUCAUCUGUGGUAUGAGUUUUGCCAAGAGCUGCGUUUUCGUUGGAACAACGGAAUCAAGAUACCUGGUGUUGCUCCUGGCUUCCCAGAUCUGAAAAUGUGUCUUCUAAAUCAGAAACUCCAGAUGCUAAAUUGCUGCAUAGAGCGUAGAAAUGCAGUAACCAAUGCUGCUCUCGCCAGUGCCAAACCUUCUCAAAACUCAGACGAAUCUGAAGAAGAGGAAGAGGAAGAAGAUGAUGAAUUCUUUGAUUGUGCUAUGAGUGAAGAAGAUGUCGCCAGCCACACUGCCGUGGAAAGAUCGAAGCCCAGACAUUCCCUAUGGAAUCGACCCGUUGGCAGACUUUGCCGACAUGGUAACUUGAAGCUUCUGAAUUCUAAUGAAUUCUUGUACAUUCCAAUAACACAGGAGGCAACACCAAAAACAGAAGAUCAAAUAGAUGAAGAUGCUGAAGUUCUAGUUAACUUGGGAUCAGAUGUUCAGGGUUCAGAAUUGAGGACUCAGUUGAUGAGCGCAUCUCUUCUUUCUGACAUAGAAUCUUUCAAGGCUGCCAAUCCUGGAGCAGUAUUAGAAGAUUUCAUCAGAUGGUACUCUCCACGGGAUUGGAUUGAAGACAAAGAACCGGGUGAAGAUGGCGUAGUAAAAGGUACACUAAGCAGUAGGAUGCAAAUUCCUGGCAACCCUUGGCUCGAGAUUUGGAGUGUAGCUAAGCCAGUGCCAGCGAGGAGACAGAAUCGACUGUUUGACUACACCAGAGAAGCGGAAAAGGUGCUACAUCGACUGGACCUGUCGCAGCCGGCUGAUGCUGCUCGAAUGCUGCUCUGCCCGCUGAUGCAUGCCUCGCUGCUCCGCCUCACGCAGCAGGCACUACCCAUCGACAUGCACCGCCUCAUCGCCGCCAUCAAGCACAUCUCGUCCAAGGCCGAAACUCUCUUUCGCGUCUGCGAAAAGGACAUCAAUCGAUUCGCGGAGAUCUGCAAAGAAGUAGCACACGCAGAAGCGAUGAUCGCGCAAGUGGCCUCUCUGGAGCACAAGCUGUGUCCGGGCACCGGACAAACAUGGCUCAUGAAAAAGUUUCUUUCUGAUCUCGUUGUUGAGCCUGAAGUCGCUGUUCCGGGCGGACCGCACUCAGAUAUUGGCAAGAGGAUAAAGUCAAUGUUCGCAGAAGCUCGCAGGGUGGUGUUGAUGACAAAUGAAGCUGAUCAAGAUUCAUCAGACAGCGAAAAAUCCAAGUCGAAACCUUCUGGACUAAAUGCAGCAAUUUUUCCAAAACCGACUGAGAAAGAAUUCAUUUUGAGAGUAAGAGCCCCGUGCCAGAACUCAUUCCUAGUGAUGCCGCACCGUCUUACUGUUCGACUUUCAUCAAAUGCUAUCUCCAUGGCUGGAUGUUUCUCACAGGAUACAACAUUCCAGUAGACAUCUGUGAUACGUAUUUGUAAGGUGAUGGAUGUUUAAUUUUUAUAGGCUAUUAUCAGGUGAUAGACACAGUUAAUUCUUACAUAGUAUUUAAAUAAACUAACUAUAGGCUAUGUAUAAUUUUUAUAUUUUGAAAAAUUUUAAGUAAUAAGAGUUUCUAAUUAGAAUAAGAUUGAAACAACUAGGAGAAAGAAACCAAUCAAACUAUUCCAUUCCAUUAAAUAAAUAAUGGAUCUUGAGAUAAUGCAUUUACCACCUAAAUAUCAUUUCUUCAGACGGUUAAGAGACAGACAAAGACAGUCAAGAGACAGUCAGAGAUGGUUCGAGACAGUCCAAUCAAUAUUCUAAAUCAAGUACUCUUUUAAGCUUUGUCUUUGUUUAAUAAUAACUAUUAUUAAAUAAUAGUUAUAAUAAUAACUAUUAUAAUUGAACGAGCGUUAGCGAGUUCUCACUUUUGACUUAAUGAAGGUCAACGUCGUUUUCUGUCUGUUUGUAUGUUCGAAAAUAACUUUAGAGAGAAUUGAUCAAUCAGCUUCAAAUUUUGAACACGAAUUCUUCAAACCUUUUUACAGAUCAAGUUCGUUGGAAAACAAAAUCGACUCACUCUUUCGUCUUUUUUUGGGAUAUAGAAAUAACAUUGAAAGUGCAUAAGGAAGAAAUUGGUUUUGAUUGUAUUAUUUAGUCAGCUGGAAUUAAUUGCAUGCUAUUCCUUCAAUUUAUUCAAAAAAGUUGAUGCUAUUUGGGAGAUAUCACACAGACUGUCAGAUAGACAGAAUUUAUGCGCCGACACAUGAUUUCACGUUUCCGGAAAAAUUGCUACGGUUUUAAAUUGGCAACUAAAUUAAUUAACAGUUCAAUUCUGUCAGUAAGUUGAGGAUUGUUCAAGUUAAAUAUUCAAGUUGUCACUUUUUUAGUUUAGUACUAAGUUGAAGAACUUAUUCAAAAUAAAUUUAUUGAAAAAUAAUUUGAUUGGGCACUGCUCAAUCAGUGCUAUCCCCGAGAGUAUAGAUAAUUUGUAUGAAAUCUCAAUGCUUCAGAAAUAACAUUUCAUGAAUAAUGAAUUUAUAUAUUUCCAAAUAAAAGAAAUAUUUUCACAAAUAAAAAUAAUCAUUAAACAUGCAAUAGGUUUUGACGUCACUGGAAAAAAAAACUUUGAGCUCCAGCCACGAGAAACGUGGCGUUUCAAUAGCCGCUAGUUUUUCCCCUGUUAGCCUCCGUGGCCUGUUUCCAUAAUAUAUAUUAGAAUAUAUUAUUUUAAUAGUUGACCGAACGCAGUGAGGUCUAUGUUUUAACUCGGAUUUUCUUUCGUCUGUCUGUAUGUAUGUAACCCAUUAACGGCUAAACGCGUUGAAAGAAUUCUAUGAGGUUUGGCAGGAAUAAUUAACUGCGUGUCAUGUAUUUACAAAGUUUUUUGAAAUUUUGCAUUUAAAGGAUAAUAUGAAAGGAAAAGGAAUCUCCUCCAUACUCCAAUAUCACUAUAUAUUUAUCAUCCACUCUGAAGAUAGGAUUGAUCAGACUAUAGAAUUGUUCAUAAUUAAUCAGCUGACAAAUGGAUUAUCCAUUGCAUGCAAUACACAGAUGUCUGGAAAAGCCGGUGAACAGGUGUCACCAGAUUCUUGUGGAUGAGAAAACUGCAUGAGGUCUACUGAGAACUACUAGUAUUAAUUAUAUAAGACACAAAAACAGAUACAAAAAAAGGUGCUCAAGUGUGUACUUACAUGUAAAGUUUGUCAAGCCGAAAAAUAAUACGUGAAUCAUAAUAACCUGCAAAACUGAGCAAAUGAGAUUGAAAACAGUGUGGCCAGCAUGACAGAACACAAUUUCCAUGUUAGUCUGAUAUGUGGGCAACCUGCGAAUAGCAAAAUAUCCCUGCUAUCUGCGUCUGUAUUACUUUUACAGGCAGUUGAAUAUUUUUGAAAGUUUUGUUGCGAUUCACUCCACUGCUCACUUCACUAUCAGUGCACUUCGUGGAUUUCUCAACUUGUAGGAGUCAAAAAGAUAUAAGUAGGGCUACAACCCCCCUCCCCAGCAUAGUCGCAAUGGACAUGAUCACAUUGACUUUUUUGCCAUAGACAAAUUCAAAUGUUGUAUGGAUGCACGCAUAUUACAUAAACACAGAAUGCAAGUUCACAACUCAAAAUGAUAAAACAAAGUUUUGCAAAAAUUAUAAAGUAAUUAACUAGUGGAGAAGUCUUAGUUACUCACAUCAUGGUCUACUUGUAAUUUAAUUUGAUUUGUAGAUCCUUUUUUGAAGCAAAAAUGUUGAUGACAGAGUCAUAGAAUUUUACUUCUGUCAUCGAUUUCUUGAAAUAUUGUUUUUCAAUGCACAGUGAAGCUAGUCCAUUGAGUCGAUUUUGAGUGGUUGAAUUCUUAGUGUAUGUUUUGAUGCGUUUAAGAGCCGAAAAGGUGCGUUCGGCAGUCCAGCACUUGUAGCUGGGAUGGUGAGCAGUAGAUGAAUUAGUCUGCUUGUUUUAAUGAAUGUCCCUGUUGAAUCAUUGUCCACUCAAUAGUAAUUCAAUUUAGAAAUGCAGUGAUUGAAGGAAGAAGAGGAGUAAAUAUACAACUCAGCCUCCAAACUAUUUGCAUUGAAAUAUUGUCCUUAUGGAUACUUUAUUAGGUCUUGUAACACAUGAGCUGGAAGUGAUCUGUUGAACUCCUCAAACUCAUCACAAUUGAGGAGAGCAAAAAACUUAAGCUUGGUCAAAUCAGCAAAGCGUUCUUGUAUGUGCAUCAAUAUAUUAUCAAGUACUUCAAAAAAGAGACGGCGGUAAGAAGACUCCAUAUCGUCAUUGGGGCCCGAAACUCUCUGUCGCUUAUUCGGAGGAUUUACAUCAACAGAACGAAUCAACUUGGACCAUAUGUUACCAAACUCUGAUACGCGGAGCAAACCAAAAGAGUCAGCAAACUGUUGCACUUCUGCAUCACAAAACGCGAUAUAUAGAUGGAUUUUUAGAUAGAAACUUUCUAUACACCCGGUUUCACGGUACACAUUCAUUCGCAAUUGAAUUUUUAUUCAAGAUCAAUAGAUGUUUCAGUAGUUACAAAUUUUCAAUAACAUAUUUCUGAA